CAGUCCCUUUCUUUCUCGCGUGUCAGGCGGCGGUGGCGGCGGCGCGGCUCCCUUGCCGAAGCGAGAGGGCUCGAAGGGGGAGUGAGCCACGGUGGGAGGCCCCGGCGCCUGGCCCGUUUCGAAAGCCCAGGGGGCGGCGGCGGCGGCGGUUUGGCAGUUAGGCGAGUUCGGUGUUCCGUUCCCCUUAAAUUCGUUAGCUCGCCGCGGCGGCAAGAUGAGUAUCGAGAUCCCGCCGGGUUUGUCGGAGCUGCUGCAGGGCUACACCGUGGAGGUGUUGCGGCGUCGGCCGCCGGAUCUCCUGGACUUCGCCGCCGAAUACUUCAGUCGCCUGCGGGAUUCUCGCGACCAGCAGCUGCGCGAGGAGGCGGCCGCCAGGGGCAAAGGAGUCAACUUCGACGGGGAGCCUAUGCAGACGGAGUCAAACGGCGAAGAGUCGCGGAGGGAAGCGUCCGAGGAGGACACCGAUUCCGACUUCGAGCCUCCUGUUAUUAACAAGUUUAACAGAAGAGUAUCAGUCUGUGCGGAAGCCUUCAACCCAGAUGAAGAGGAUGAAGAUACAGAGCCAAGGGUAGUUCAUCCAAAAACAGAUGAGCAGAGAUGCAGAUUGCAGGAAGCCUGUAAAGAUAUUCUUCUCUUCAAAAACCUAGAUCAGGAACAAUUGUCACAAGUUUUGGAUGCCAUGUUUGAAAGAAAAGUACAACCUCAGGAACAUGUAAUUGACCAAGGAGAUGAUGGAGACAACUUUUAUGUCAUUGAAGAGGGAUCAUAUGAUAUUUUUGUAACACGAGAAAGCCAAACUCGCUGUGUUGGUCGCUACGAUAAUCACGGCAGUUUUGGGGAACUCGCCUUGAUGUAUAACACUCCUAGAGCUGCAACUAUUGUUGCCACCACAGAAGGAGCCCUUUGGGGACUGGAUCGUGUAACAUUCAGAAGAAUUAUAUUGAAAAAUAAUGCAAAGAAAAGGAAAACGUAUGAAUUAUUUGUUGAGUCAGUGCCUCUUCUUAAGUCACUGGAGCCAUCUGAGCGAAUGAAGAUUGUUGAUGUAAUAGGAGAAAGGACAUAUAAAGAUGGAGAACGCAUCAUUGCUCAGGGUGAUAAGGCGGAGAGUUUUUUCAUUGUAGAAUCUGGUGAAGUAAAGAUCAUGAUUAAAACCAAGACUGUAACAGUAAAAGAUGCAAACCAAGAGGUAGAGAUUGCUCGAUGUCAAAAAGGACAGUAUUUUGGAGAGCUUGCACUUGUUACUAACAAACCAAGAGCAGCCUCUGCCUAUGCUGUUGGGGAAGUCAAAUGUUUAGUUAUGGAUGUGCAAGCAUUUGAGCGGUUACUCGGGCCCUGCAUGGACAUUAUGAAGAGGAAUAUAACUCAUUAUGAAGAGCAGCUGGUGGCAUUGUUUGGUUCAAGCAUGGACCUGAUCAAUCCAGGCAAUUAGGAGGAGAGUGCAUCAAUGUCUUCUCAGUUCAAGACGUAGAAAAGUCUCCUAUUAGUAACAGCGCAGCACCACACAAAUGAAAAAAGGACACUACGGGACAGUGGCUGUUGGUGUCUUCUUGGGCAUUUUUUUUAGAAACCUACGCAGGUCUCAGCAUAGCUGGAGGGUUCAGGGCUCACUCCAGGCCUCCGCUUUGCUGCUGAAAUUUUGUUAUUAGACCUAGCCUACUGCUGAGUCUCUUAAUCCUCUUUUCACAUUGCUUGGUUCAGAAUGGCAUGUUUCUCCCAACAAUUCAAGUGCCUGAUACUAAAGAAAUGGAGCGGUCUAUUUGUUGUUCUUGUUUAAAAAAAAAAAAAGGAAGAACAAACUUUGAAAUCAGAGAUCUGGAUGUUGGGGGCUGUUCCUACACUUGGAAAUAGCUACCUUCUUAACAUUACCUUCUUGUUGACAGCUUUUUUUUUCCCUCACACGAUCAGAAUCUGAUUUUAAUAAUGAUACAUUUGGAUUUGAAUGUCAAAAAGGAGGGGACAUUUGUAGAAACAGUAGGUUAACCAAUUCUGGGUUUUUCUUGUUCUUUUCUGGAAAUGGGAGUGUGGUUGUUUAAAGCUGAAGGAUUCUAAAGGAACCUAGCUGAUAAAUAACGGGCAGUGAAGUAAAAUGCUGAAUUAAGCAGAGUUUUAAGGCUCCAGUGAAUCUGAAUCAUAAGCCAUGAGAUUCAGGGGCCGCAAAGGUUGCGCAGAAGAUUUGCUGCUGUUUUCUAAAUUGGACUGAUUUGUGGCCUGCUGAGAAACAGCAGAAAUUUCUUUUAAAUUUCUAUUUAUGGAAAUUCUUGGUACUUCUAGAUUUUACAUGGCAUUGCCAUUGGCAAAAUCUGUUUUAAUGCUUUUUUAAAAAAGAAAAAAGGGUUGUUUUUUUUGUAACUUAAGGAAUAUUUAUAUACUAAUGGGGUCCAUUAUACUGUAAUAUUUUACAAUAUUGUGUAACAAUUGGGUAUAGACUUUCCAACUACAAUACCUAUUUGCUAAGUCCUUUUUGAAAAUUAACAGCAUUUUACUUCAAAAAUGAUUUUUUAAAAGCUACAAUAGAAAAUAACCUCAUUUCUGGGCAAUUAACAUUGUAUUGGCGGCACUUUUUUGAAUGCAGAUUCAUUUAGCUGCAUAUCUCUAAAAUCUUGUUUGAAUCAGCAUAUACCUGUCAGUUUAUAUAUAACUACUGAAGAGAAGUAACAUCUUAAGUUUUACCCAAGUAUUAACUGUGUAAGAAAUUAUCAUAAAAAUAAGCUAAAUGUAGCAUCAGAAAUUAUUAGGGAAGAAGGUAUUGAUCCUGUAUGAAAUUACAAUUCCAUUGUCAGUGUUUCUCAACUUAUAUGUGUUUUAGGAAUAAAUUUACAUUAAUUGUGGGUUUUCAGCUUAUAGAACAAAUCAAAAUUUAGUCAUUGUGCCAUCAAAAUUUGAUACAUAAUUCAGCCAUUCUGAAUCCCCAUUGGCAAUACUAUAAAUCUAAUUCAUAGGUUGCCUUUUAAUCUGGAGCUUGUUUGCCCCCUUUUUACAAUUUCUAGUCUGUGUUAUUAAUUUAAGACUUAAAUGUUUUAUAUGUUGUUGAAUCAGGAAAUAGCACUUGAAAGUAUUUUUUUUUUCUUUUUAUAAUCAUUGCCAUUGAAAAAGGUACCGAAGCUCUGGCCAUCAUAUUUUAUGUUUCUGGUUUUGUUUUGUUUUUCCAAUAUAUCAAUUUAAACUUAGCUACAAUUUGAACAUCUGAGGAAAAAAUGCUUUAUUUAUGUAAAGAUUUUACACCAAAGAUUUUUAAAUGCAUGUUUCUCAAUUUGGGCAAAUUAUUACUUGGUUCUGAAUCUCAUAAAAGGGAUUGGUGAAAAAAGGUAAGUAGUACAGCCUUUAUUCUUAUAUAAGUAGCAAGUCAUUUUUUAAAAUUUUCUCUUCAGGCUUGGCCAAGGUACAGCUGAACUCAACAAGUGUGUUCUAGAACCACCAUUUUGGCUACAAAAUUAUUCCUUUCCAUUUCUUACUCGAGUUCUUUUGUGUCUUUCGCCAUGUGAUGUAAUUUAAUAGGUUAUACAAUUGGGGUAUCUCUCCCACCUAGUUAAUCUUCAGCAACCACUUGCUGGGGUUGGGGUAUUUUGAAGAUUCUACAUUGGUAAGAAAUGAUCCAGGAAAGGUGAACUGAGGAUAUAUUCAAAGCCAUUUUCAAAACGAAAUCAGUAGGAUGAAUUAAUAUUAAUUAUACAUGUUCUGCUUUAAACAAAAACCCUAUAUUAUUUUGAAGGCAAACAAUUUGAAGGGCUGAUUUGCAGAAUCCCAAACUGGGUUUAUCUUUUUAAUUGGUGCAAAAUCUUUUUAUCUAUAUAUGUGUGUUUGUAGCUGAACAACUGGUUAUAUGAAUCACUUCCUUAUGAUAGUAGGUUACUGACAUUACUGUGAGUGUGAGAAUUCUACCUUUAGGUCCAGUUAGAAUAGAUACUUUUGGCAUUGGCUGAUUUUAAUACAAGUUCAAACUCUUGGUCACAUAGAUUGAUUAUCGCAUUAAAGAAAUUAUUUUUUAAAAGAGCCAUUGGCCUCUGUCAGAGUAGAAAUUUAUUUAUAAUGUCUAACUUAAAAUGACUCGUGCAGUAUUUGGAAUGAAAGCUAGAGCAAUCAUGUAAACAUCUGUUUCUUCCUUUGUGGAUUUCCCUUUCAUUUUGCAAAUCCAGCUGGAUGUCAGCAAGAUCGGUUAUGAAUAAUUCAUCUCCAUCCUUGUAUCCCUCCUUUAACUUGGCUUCAUUAACUUCUCAUGUUGCACAUCAUUUCAAAAUGAUGUGUAACCUUCUUUCCUAAGGGCAAAUCUACUCUUCAUUCACAUAAGGUAAUUGGUGAUGUCUAGCUUUAAUAAGAGAACUCAGCAGCAAAGUGGCUAACCAGAGUGGUGUCUUCUGAGAGUGUCUUUUUUAACUUACAUUUCUUUUUUGAGGUUUCUAGGAGGAGCUUAUACUGUCCCUAUUCUUGAGAUAUGUCUGUUGAUGUCACAGCACAAAUUUUCACGAUGUAUUAAAAUGAAAUCUAAAACAAAUAGACAAGAAAGCGCAGCUUUGAGGAGGGAGGAAACUUGACGUCCAUUUUGUCAUCUUUUUUUUUUCUUGAAAUGUCUUUGUAAAAUUAGUUUGACAAAAAAUACAAGUUUUCUGGUCUUUUCCACUCCAGUUAUUUUUGUUGUUGUUGUGAAUAGUGUGUGUGUGUGUGUGUGUGUGUGUGUGUGUAAGGCGAAUGUUUCUGUUUAUUCUAAGCACAUAUUUCCUUUGAGGAGGCCUUUUAUGUGGGUUCUCCUUAAGCAGGUCGUAGGGCUGUGCUGGACUUUGAUCUUCUGGGGGGGGGGGAAACAGUCCCUAAUCUGGCAGGAGCGUGACACAUCUUUUCUGAACCGAGCUAAAGCUUAAAACCAUGUGGAUUGCUGUGGAUGUUUUCCAGCUUGGUCCAAAAGGUAAUUUUAAUUUUGCAUAAAGAUGCUACCUCAAGGCUCUUAAGAGCUUUAAAUGUGUCUUGCCUGUGAGAAGGACACACAUUGAUUCUGAUAAGCUGUUCUGUUGCAUUAGGUAGGAGGCAUAUUUUUUGUCUUUUGGGGGGGGGUGUAUUUUAAAUUAUUUUUACCUCUGCCACAUGAUUGUUUUCAAAGUGUGAGCAGUUUUGCAGAGAGAUCUGUUCUUGCACUGUAGUGUUGCCCAAGAUGGGAAGAAAGUAUCUUCCACCUAAGACACUGGUCUCAUUCUGAUCUGAAGUUUGAUUUUACUUUCAACUAAUAAAAGCUGACAUGCUAUAUCCA